AUGGGUACGGAUAUCAUCGUGGCUCAAAUGAUCGGCACGCUGGGCUGCGGCAUUACAGCAGGUGGAAUCAUGACUUUAUCAACAAUAAGCAUUCCCAGCCUAGUCCUUCCAGCGCGCCAACCCACCUCCGCCACUAUCCCUUCCCACGAACCCGGAACACCGAUCCCCCAUUUAACCCACCAAUGGCUUGACCUCUAUGAGCGUGGAAAGAAUACUUUCCCGCUAAUAGGUCUAGGCGCGUCGAUUGCAAAUGGAUACCUUGCCUGGGUAUUGAGAGAUACCCCUGCGCCCGAUUCUGCGCUGAUGGGAUAUGGUUGGAUGGGCUGUUACGUCACAGCCAUCGCGUCGACGAUGGGGUUGGGUGUUUGGACGCUCACGGCGAUGAAUGAGACGAAUACGAAAUUGACAGCCAUCGCAACUCGGGAUGAUGCUGCUGUUGCGGAAGGGACGAAUGAAAUGGUCGUGGGUGAACAGGAGAAGGUUAAGCGGGCGAAGGAAGAGUCUGAAGUGCCUGCUUUGCUAAAGAAAUGGGCGGAGCUGAAUCUGUGUCGAGCGGUAUUUCCUUUCGCGGGCGCAGUGAUUGGUUUCUAUGGGGUUGUGUUGUUGAAGUGA